UUCACACACACACACACACACACACACACACACACACACACACACACAUCAUUAUUUCAAACUAAGAUUGAAUUGAUGGGUCAUGCUGUUGAAGCUGCCCUUUGACCCUUACACAUUGAGCUAUUUCUGAUGCAGGACAUCAAACCAAGGGCCUCGGGUAAGGACCUACUGGGGUCUUCAACACUAAAUGUGCCGUUUCACACAAAGCAGAUCCAACUGUUGGCGCCGGCAGCUCAUCUUUCUCUUCUUUUAUUCAUGAGAGGAUCAGUAAGAAGAUAUGAGCUGCUCCCAUUCCCUCAAGUCCAUCAAAGAAGUAAAAAAAAAAACACCAUUAUUGUUCUUGUGUAAAUUGUAGACCCUUUCACCCAGUGGUCCCCCAUAAUUGCUGCAUCAGAGCCUAAACCAACUCUGCAUUUCGCCGCCUGUACCUUGUAUGCAGAACCCAGAGAGGCAGAACAUUGCUGUAACUGUACGUGCUUUCACACAGCAACUCUUUUGUCCCAGCAUUGUGAAUAUAAUUUCACACAGAGAGGACCUGAGCAGCUUCUCUCUGGUGGUUCGUGUAUCAUGACGACCGCAGCCAAUGGCAACGACAGUGACAAGUUGAAAGGUGACCUGAGAGGUCUCAGCACACCAUCCAGAGUUGUCCACAUCCGCAAACUUCCUGACGACAUCAGCGAACCUGAAGUAAUCGGCCUCGGCAUUCCCUUUGGAGACGUCACCAACCUGCUGCUGCUCAAAGCCAAGAACCAGGCCUUUUUAGAGAUGAACUCAGUGGAAGCAGCUGAAAACAUGGUGGCCUACUACUCGUCUGUGCUGCCUUUCAUCAGGAACCAUCCCGUCUUUGUCCAGUUUUCCAACUACAAGGAACUCAAAACGGACCACUCCCCUAACCAGGAGAGGGCUCAGGCCGCACUUCGAGCCCUCAGCUCAUCCCAUGUGGACCCGUCUGCAGUGCUCACUAGUGCCGUGCUGCGUGUGGUGGUGGAGAACAUGCUGUAUCCUGUCAGUCUUGAUGCACUGUGUCAGAUCUUCUCCAAGUUUGGCACUGUUCUGAGGAUCAUCAUCUUCACCAAGAACAGUCAGUUCCAGGCUCUCCUGCAGUACCCUGACGCGGGCAAUGCACACAACGCUAAAAUGGCCCUGGAUGGUCAGAACAUCUACAACGGCUGCUGCACUCUGAAGAUCAGCUUCUCCAAGCUGAGCAGCCUCAACGUCAAAUACAACAAUGAGAAAAGUCGCGACUUCACCAGGCCGGACCUCCCCAGCGGAGACAACCAGGCCAUCAUGGAGCACCCCCACAUGGCCGCUGCCACUUUCACUCCAGCAGGUAUCAUCUCAGCCCCGCCCUACUCGGCCCCACCCCACACCUUACCCCCAACCUUCACUAUCCAGCCUGCUGGACUGACUGUUCCCGCUCUGCCCGGAACAUUGACGUCAAUGUCACUCCCGGGGACAACCAGGCUGUCAUUCCACCCUAGCCCAGCUGGACACUGUGUCCUGCUGGUGAGCAACCUCAACCCUGAUAGAGUUACGCCCCACUGCCUAUUUAUCCUCUUCGGUGUUUAUGGCGAUGUGAUGAGAGUCAAAAUCCUGUUCAACAAGAAGGACAACGCUCUGGUUCAGAUGGCUGACACCAUGCAGGCCCAGCUUGCCAUGUAUCACCUGAAUGGCCAGCGCCUGCACGGGAAGCCUCUGCGCGUCAUGCCGUCCAAGCACGCCAGCGUUGCGCUGCCGCGUGAAGGCCACGAGGAUCAGGGCCUGACCAAAGACUUCAGCUGUUCGCCUCUGCACCGCUUCAAGAAGCCCGGCUCCAAAAACUAUGCCAACAUCUUCCCGCCCUCCGCCACCCUCCACCUCUCCAACAUCCCGCCCUCUGUGCUCGAAGAUGACCUCAAGGUGCUUUUCUCCAGCUCUGGGGCAAAAGUCAAUGCCUUCAAAUUCUUUCAGAAGGACCACAAGAUGGCGCUGAUCCAGAUGGCCUCAGUGGACCAAGCCAUCGAGUCCCUCAUCCAGUUCCACAACCACGACCUGGGAGACCACCACCACCUGAGAGUGUCCUUCUCUAAGUCGGCUAUCUGACCACUUUGCCUUCAACCUUUGACCCUUUUUGCGGCCUUAAGCUUAUCCCCCAUCCUGCUUUAGUCUGCUGGACUUCUUAGGCUUUGCCCUGGUUGGGAUGGCCUUUUCUGGCCUUGUUAGGCCUGCGUUCAGGUGACUGUGGUGCCUUACUAUUAUCACUAUUAUUAUUAUUAUUAUUAUUAUUAUUAUUAUUAUUAUUAUUACUACUACUACUAUUACUAUUAUCGUUAUCAUUAUUGUUGUUAUUGUUGCUCUGUCAGCUGGUUUACACUUUUUCAUUUUCUCCUUGGCUUUCCAUGUAUUACACAAUCAUGAUGGCAUAUUUGAGCAAUAUUUGACAUACUUCCUCCUCUGCAUUGCCUCGUACAAUCACGUUUUGUUAUUCAAACCAAAAAGACCGUCAUGUUACACUACAUUCCAGUACAGGUAUAUGUCGUGAAAUGUGCACACUGGAUGUGUGUGCACAUGCAGUAAUGGAAGGACUUCCAGCGGUUUAAAAAUGUGGCCCGUGAGUUAAAGGUCUCAGGCCCGAUUCUCAUCUUUGUGCAAUCAUCUAGCAUCAUAGCAUUUGCAUGGCUAGUAUUGUAAGCAUGUUUGACAGUGCUGGUUUAUUAAAUAUGUUGCUCAAGUGCAUAAUGUUAUGUUUAUUAGUGUGUUCAAUGCUAAUGCUGAAUGUUUACUGGCUUAUGUCUGUUUGUUUGCUGACAUAGCUAAUAUUAGAUAUUCACUAGCAUGUGAACUAAUCUCUUACCAGCAAGGCAAAGCAUGUUUGCUAAUGUGGCUAAUACUGUAUGCUUUAGCAUGCUUGCUAAUGUGGUUGAUACUGUAUGCUUAUUAGCAUGCUUACUAAUGUGGCUAAUACUGCAUAUGCAUAUUAGCGUGCUUGCUACUGUUGCUGAUACCGUAUGUUUUUUAGCAUGCAUACUGAUGCUUCAUGAUGUUUGCCUGAUGAUGAGUUACUGAGCAGCGCCUCACGAAGAACCUUCUGAUUGAUACCAAAACGAAACUUCAUUCAGGAGAGUGAAAGUGUUUGUCGACUUAACUUGUUGUUUUGAAGCCUGUUGACAUGCGUGUCGGUCACGUGGAUGUGACAUCCCAACAUUCCUUCAUGUUGCACUGAUUAAUGUUACGUUGAAACUGUUUUUAAAGUCAUUUCCCAGCUGACUCGAAUGCAUCACAAGAGAAGCAGGACUGGGCUGGUUGUGGGCUGGAUUAUUAAAUGUACAUAGGUGUUUUAUACCACAGGUUGGUGUUUUUUAUUAGUUUUAUUUUAUUUGAUGCAAGUGUGACAAUUGUCAACCAACAUUCAACAAUAAACUAAAUGAGUUUUUAUUUAAAACUGGA